CUCCGCGUCCCAUCAUGCAGUGCGCAGCCGCCGAUCGGGGGGGUUUGGGCCGAGGGUCGCGGCGGCUGCGGCCCUGGUCCGGCCGGGCUGGGUUGCUGAGCUGAGCAGGGUGCUGGCCCCGAGGCGAUGAUGGGCAAGGAGGAGGAAAUUGCGCGGAUCGCCCGGAGGUUGGACAAGAUGGUGACCAGAAAGAGCGCGGAGGGAGCCAUGGACCUGCUGCGGGAGCUGAAGGCCAUGCCUAUCACUCUACACCUGCUCCAGUCCACCCGUGUUGGGAUGUCUGUCAACGCCCUGCGGAAACAGAGCUCGGACGAGGAGGUCAUUGCGCUGGCCAAGUCCCUCAUCAAGUCCUGGAAGAAGCUCCUGGGUGUGGAUGCUUCUGAUGCCAAAACCAGGAACCGGGGGAAGGGCACACCUCUGCCCACAUCAUCCUCAAAGGAUGGCUCAGAGGCCAUGGAUCCCAGCCGCAAGAGGCCGGAGCUGCCCAGGAUGCUGUCCACCCCAAGGAUUACCACGUUUCCCCCAGUGCCUGUUACCUGUGAUGCUGUGCGCAACAAGUGCCGGGAGAUGCUGACCACUGCCCUGCAAACAGACCAUGACCAUGCGGCUGUUGGUGCAGACUGUGAGCGACUGUCGGCCCAGAUUGAGGAAUGCAUCUUCCGGGAUGUGGGAAACACAGACAUGAAAUACAAGAACCGUGUGCGCAGUCGCAUUGCCAACCUGAAGGAUGCCAAGAACCCUGACCUCCGGCGGAAUGUGCUGUGCGGUGCCAUAACCCCCCAGCAGAUUGCAGUGAUGACAUCAGAGGAGAUGGCCAGUGACGAGCUGAAGGAGAUCCGCAAGGCCAUGACCAAGGAGGCCAUCCGCGAGCACCAGAUGGCACGCACAGGUGGCACUCAGACAGACCUGUUCACCUGUGGCAAGUGCAGGAAGAAGAACUGUACCUACACGCAGGUGCAGACCCGCAGCUCUGAUGAGCCCAUGACCACCUUUGUUGUUUGCAAUGAAUGUGGAAACCGCUGGAAGUGUGCUGAUGACCUCUGUGCUGGCAAGGAGGCAGAUCCAUGGGAGUGAUUCAGCUGUGUGAAUGCCAGGGCCCUUCUCUGGGGCCCAACUGUGCAGAUGCCCUUGGUGUGGCUCCAUGUGACAAGCAGACCUGGGCCUUCCCAGCCUGCCAGGUGGACAGGGGUCUUUACCCCUCUGAGGUUUCACAUUCUCAUCUGUUGGAGAGAUGUGCAUGGCAGCAGCCGUGUGUGCUGGGGAAUGUGCUUGUUUGUUCAGGCAUGGUGUACAGUAGGCACAAGCAGCA